AUGCUCGGCCUGCGCAAUAGCUGCAGUUGGUUUCUCCAUGAUGGCCUCAGUACGCGUCGCAGUUCGAGUCCGUCCACUAAACAAAAGCCAUCAUCAGUUCGAGGAGACGAAAAGAACACAAAGAUAUUUACUUAUGACUUCUCAUAUGACUCAAUUGACCAAAGUCCCUCGUUUGCAUCUCAGGAGAAGAUAUUCAAUGAUCUGGGGCAAGAUGUCUUAAAAGCUGCAUUUGAAGGUUUCAAUGCCUGUGUGUUUGCCUAUGGCCAAACUGGAUCAGGCAAAUCCUACACCAUGAUGGGUCAUGCAGAAGAAAAAGGCUUAAUCCCACGGAUCUGCGACGGCUUGAUCGCCAAAAUCUCAGAGUGGAACACGAGCAAUGCAGUGUCAUUUCGUACAGAGGUCAGCUUUAUGGAAAUCUACAAUGAACGUGUGUAUGACCUUCUUAAAAAGAGGACUGUCGUCACAGAGAGUGGAGGCUUAAGAGUGCGAGAACACCCGAGGCAUGGACCAUAUGUUGAGAAUCUGACCAAGCAUUUGGUACAUAGCUACAGCGACAUGGAAGAGCUGAUUGCUGCUGGGAACGCCAACCGUAUCACUGCCAGCACACGGAUGAAUGACUUAAGCAGCCGGUCGCAUGCUAUCUUCUCUAUCAGCUUUUCUCAGACAUGGUUUGAUGCCGAGUCGCCACGCGAGAUGCUGAGUAAGAUCCACCUGGUGGACCUGGCUGGCAGUGAGAGGGCAGACAUCAUGCAGACUUCAGGCAUCCGACUGAAGGAGGGCGCCAACAUCAACAAAUCACUCGUCACCCUGGGCACUGUCAUCUCAGCUCUGGCUGAGCUCAGUGUAGGACAACCGACAACCAAAAAGAUGACCUUCAUCCCUUACAGAGACUCUGUUCUUACAUGGCUGCUUAAAGACAGUCUUGGUGGAAACUCCAAGACUACAAUGAUUGCAACCAUUUCUCCAGCUAAUGUGAACUAUGCCGAGACCUUGAGCACAUUGCGCUAUGCCAACCGCGCUCGAAACAUCCUGAACAACCCCACAGUGAAUGAAGACCGCAGUGUGAAGUUGAUCAAGGAUCUCCAGGCAGAGGUGUCUCAUAGAAAGCUGUCUUCUUCUCUGAGGAUGGAAGAGGAGCUGCAUGAAAAUGAAGAAAAGGUUUAUACUCUAACCAAAGAGUGGACCUGCAAAUGGGAGGAGACUCGAGGUAUUUUGCAGGAGGAGGCGGUGGCUCUGAAAAAGGAAGGAAACACUGUGGUUUUGGACUGCCACUUCCCCCAUCUCAUAGGCAUUGAUGAAGACUUGCUCAGCACUGGCGUCGUUCUGUAUUAUUUGAAAGAAGGCAGAACCAUGAUAAACACUAACAAAGGAUCCUAUGGUUUCAAUAUUGAAGAUGGUCAUUCCAGGCUCGACGGUGAACAUUGUGUGUUUGAAAACCACGCUGGGACUGUGACGCUCAUCCCUCAGGAGGGUGCAAUGUGCUCAGUCAAUGGCACCGUAGUAACUCAUCCCUGCCAGCUGACUCAGGGUGCCAUCAUACACCUUGGGAGAAGGACCAUAUUACGCUUUAACCACCCCACUGAAGCGGCCUAUCUCAAAGUGAAACAGCAGAGUGCGCUGUCAUUGAUCACCUUGUCACCAAAAUCAAAAGUGAACAAUCUGAGCAAGAUCACACUUGGCCCUCCAAGUGAGUUUGAUCUUACGUCAAAGACUGUGGACUCCAAACUCAUGACCCGCUCUUCUACCUUGGCAGCAGCAGAUAAUUUCACAAUGACCGCAAUACCUGGAAAAGGUCCCGUCCCUCACUCUAGUUUCAAUUUGGAUGGAGGCACACAACAGAAUGGGGUAAGCACCAGGGGUGACCUGGAGCAGGAGAUAGUUCUGUGUCAUAAAUCACGGCCAGAGCUGAUGUCUGAGCACCCUUGGAGGCAAGCUGAGAACGCUGCUGAAGUAUCAAGUUAUACAAGAGCGCAAGUGUGGUCAGGGGAUGCCAGCCUCCAGCAGACAAGUGUCCUGGGCCUAGGUGAUGGAUGUGUCAUGAAGCCAGAGGGGAAUGCUAACGAGAUCCAAGGUGUUGUGGCUCACUGCUGCAAGGGGAGACCUGGCUCUAGUGGGAGCUCAUUAGGCAACGUGUCCCACCUUCAGCAUACAGGGGAAACGAGCUCCGUGUCUGUCCCCCAACAAACCAACACCCUUCAACUCGAGGAAAAUGCCUCUACGAAUCCAGAAUUCUGCUGUCCAGCUGAGGAAGCGGUCUUGGAGGCACAGUUGAUCUUUGGAGACACAAAUGAUUGUGGCUAUUUGGACAAGUCUUUAACGCAGGCUAAAGUCUGUGUAGGGGAUGGAGUUCAAAGCUCAAGACUGAGUGCCUUGGUCAAUAGAGUGAGUUGGAUUGUUAAAGAUGCAGGGCGAUUCCUUUGGAGCCCAUCUAUGCUAUUGCAGCAGUUGGAAGAGGAAAGAUAUAAGCAUUUUGUGAGCCACUGGUUCAAUCAUCUCAUUUCUAAAGUCAAUGGAAGCAAGAUCAUGUCUGUAAUUGAUAGCCAAGUCCUCUCCCUAGUAAAAAGUAACUAUGUCUUUUCGUGUUUCAAGAAUAGUGGUAUUUAUUCAAUGGUCAAAGACCUACCACUGAUAAAACAGGUCCAGAUGGAAAUAAUGGAACACCUUUGGGCCAAAGACUACAAUGCUCAACAUGCCACACCACUCAUGUUGUCUACACCGAAAAUCAUUAAAGCGGUGUGGAACCCAGAUGACUUUCAUGAGCAAGAAAUAGUUCAUGUUGAUUUAGUACAGGAGAAAGAAACACAUGCUGAGAUGUUCCCACUGGAUGACACGAUUACCCAUACACCAACAAACAAGGAUCCGACACCAGAUGUGGCUGUCAUUCUGGAAAGAAAUAAGAUGAAAAGUUUUUGUCAACCGCUGAUAGAUUUUCCCGCUGCCCUUGUGAACCUUCAAAAUCUCUCAUUUCAACACUUAAAAACAUCUUUACAGUCAGUCCUAUCCAGCACAGCGUUGGCUUCUGAAAAGAUUUUAGCUCUCUUUUGGUUAAAUGUAGCUAAAAUUAGUCAACCUACACCCUGUCCUGCUCUCCUCGUCCUCUUGGAAACGGAAUUUUUGACAUUGACUGCACAAUCUGAGCAGCUACUAUUGUUCCACCAACUUCCUUACUCUCAUUUGAAGGAGCUACACGUAAGCUUUUCAGGCCAUGGCUUGCGUUUGAUGGGAGCUACAGAGGAAAGCAUCCUAGGUCUUUACACUCACAGCAAGACUCUUACCCAAGAGGUGUGCUGGGCCAUACUCGAAGUCCUGUGCCCUGGAGACAGCCGGGUCACUGAGUAUCUGCUGUUUAAUGAUGACUGGACGACAGUCGGGAACAGAUUAUCAUUGGACUCACAGGCUUGUGUCGUACCUGACCUUCUGUUGGAUGCCGGUCUGAGGGUUUGCUGCCAGUUUCAGAAGAGUCUUGCAGAUCUGAUUUACUUUCUUUAUUGUAACAUGGAAGAAGGAACGUCCGUUACCAUUGGGGAGUUGCAGCUUUUAUUGUACACAAGCGUAAAGGUCUUCUUAAACUCCAGUAGUUGCAUUGAAAGUGUGUGCCAGCUUUUACUUACUGAAACGCAUAUUGGUCUGGUGCAGGAAGAUGUUGUCUUUUAUCCAACCCCGUGCUCAGUCACCAUUAGUCCCUGCCAUCGUCAAUUCCACAACUUGACUCUUCGUCAGCUUGCGGAUGUACGCUGCGUGGUGUUACAUGAAGACAAGAAUGGAGAUGUCAGUGUGGAUUUAAUCUUUGCGAAUAUGAGCGCUCGAGGUCACCCUGAAAGUGUGACCAAAGUAGCCACCCUGUCCGCAAUUGCUUUGAAUUCAUCUCCACAUGCAGAGGUGUGGAAAUUAACUUUCCCUUGCUCCACCGAGGCAGCAUGCCUGAUUAAUUAUUUGUCAAGUGUCUGAUCAACAACUGGCAGACAGUAAUGAGCUGAUCAGCUUGAAGACACGUGGAGAAUUGCAAGGAACACUACACCCACUUUUGGUGUCUGGUUUAUUCUUUUCAUGAAAUUGACAUUUUAUACCACCUGACUAGUAGCUUGUAAAAAUUUAAAGCCCGCAUUUUGUUUUACCUACCACCGCCCACUUGUUUUACCAGAUUAUGCAGUGAUGCUUGAGGUGAAAUACUUGA